AAAUGGCGGCCUGCAUGAGGCACCCAUGCUAGGGGGGGAGAAGCCGGCCCAGCCCUGCCCCCGCCAGCACUCGGCCGCCGCCGCCGCUGUUGCGCUUCUGCCCUUGGACGCGCCUAUGGCCCGCUGCCGCCUCGAGCCGCUGCCCUGCCUCGCGGCCGCGCAUUGCUAACAGCGGGGAAGCAGAAGGUUGCUGAAAAGUGCCUUCCUUGAAGCCGCCGCCACCGCUGCUUGGAUUUCUGUCUAGGGCUUUGCCUCGCUUGCUUUUUAAAAUAUAUAUCUAUAUACAUAUAUAUUCACUCCCCCAACUUUUUUUUAAAUUUGGCAUUGCUUUCAGUUCACACCCUAACAGCAACUCAUCCAUCUGGGGUUUGUUGGUUUUAUUUUUUUCCCUUCCCCUGGUACGCUCAGUUUUCUCAGCCAUCUCCCUCCUCCUGAUUAUGUAGCCAACUCUAUUUUAAAAGAAAAAGGAAAUCCUUCCUCUCAUUUUAACACUUGCAACUCCCUCAGUUUGUGAAAGCAAGAAGGAGCCCGAAUUUUCGGAGUUGUUCCCCCUCUAAGGAAAUAAGAUCAUCCCACAACUGCAGCAUUGCCAGAAGCUUUUUUGUUUGUUUGUUUGUUUUGGGUGAGAAUAAUUGAAACCAGUAACUGGAGAGCACAGAAUUCCUUGGAAAAGUCUGCCAGUUAUUUUGAAAUAAUUUCGGCAGUGGCACAAAAUAUUAUAUACACACACAUAUAUAUAUAUACACACACAUAUAUAACAUUUCUAUUUUAACUUCGACAAUUGCACUUUUAGGAGCUGGCCUCUAAUUUGAUUUUUCAGUUAAUUCUAAUGAGAUUUCUAUUUUAUGAUUGGCUUUAUGUUAAUCCUUGUUUUCGACAAACACAGUUUGAGUUUAAUGGAAACCUAAGUGCUGACAAGAGAAAUUUUACCAAAGCAACAAGUUAGUUAUUUCUUCACUUUUUUUUUAACUUGAAUCCCUUUUUAAAACCCUUUUUCCCUCUUGAAAUCAUCAGCACUGUUCUCUUAGAGAAGGGUGUGGUUGCUUGCAUUUUCAUUUUUCUCUUUUUUGGGGGUGUGCGCGCUUUUUUAAAAAUAUGGCUAUGAACGUUUCUUUGGUUCGUGAUACAAAAUGGCUGACCUUAGAAGUAUGUCGAGAAUUUCAGAGAGGUACUUGUUCUCGGUCUGACACAGAGUGCAAGUUUGCUCACCCAUCUCGGAGUUGCCAUGUGGAAAAUGGACGAGUUAUCGCCUGCUUUGACUCCCUCAAGGGUCGCUGCACUCGAGAGAACUGCAAAUACCUUCAUCCUCCACCGCACUUAAAAACACAACUCGAAAUCAAUGGACGCAACAACCUGAUCCAGCAAAAGACAGCCGCAGCCAUGUUUGCACAGCAAAUGCAAUUCAUGCUACCAGGAGCACAAUUACAGCCAAUUACAACGUUUCCUGUGACUCCUUCGCUCGCAACUAGUCCCACCAUGGCUUUCAGCCCCUACUUAAGUCAUGUUUCUCCUGGAAUGGGCUUAGUUCCUGCAGAGCUGUUACCAAAUACUCCUGUCCUGGUAUCUGGGAACCCAACCGUUUCGGUACCGGGAGGCUCUGCCGGGCAGAAGUUGAUGAGGACAGAUAAACUGGAGGUUUGCCGAGAGUUUCAGCGUGGAAAUUGCACACGUGGUGAGAACGAUUGCCGUUAUGCUCACCCGAUAGAUAUUGCCAUGAUAGACACAAACGAGAACACUGUUACAGUUUGCAUGGAUUACAUCAAAGGGCGAUGCUCUAGGGAGAAAUGCAAGUACUUUCAUCCCCCUGCGCACCUGCAAGCCAAAAUCAAGGCAGCUCAACACCAGGUGAAUCAAACUGCUGCAGCCGCAAUGACUCAGCCAGCUGUCCGAUCACUGAAGCGACCCCUCGAGGCAACCUUUGACCUGGCCCUGCCACCUGGCGCACUUCAACCUUUACCAAAGAGGCCAGCACUUGAAAAAAACAACGGUGCCACCACAGUCUUUAACCCGAGUGUUUUCCACUACCAACAGGCCCUUGCAAACAUGCAGUUGCAACAGCCCACGUUCAUCCCUACAGUUCCCAUGAUGCACGGUGCUACGCCCACCACUGUGUCUGCAGCAACAACACCUGCCACCAGCGUUCCUUUCGCUGCAACUGCUACAGCCAAUCAGAUAUCCCAGUUAUCGGUAGAUGAACUAAACAACAGCAUGUUUGUCUCACAAAUGUAGAAGGACACAGCAGAACGCAAACCAUUUUGAAAUUCUGAACCAUGAAAUCAUGGAGUAUCUGGACAUCUCUCUCUUUCUCUCUCCUGGUGGGAAGCUGCACUUGGGCUCUCUGUAUGUAUAUGCCCUUCUUUCUUCCUCUACAACACCCACACAGUUAAGCCUACUGCAGCCGACAUGUUAACCAAAAACUGAUCCAUGGGAAUGUCAAAAAUUUAUGAAAAUAAAUUUUUUAAAGCACUAUAGAAACAAUUAACAAACAGCGUUCUGUUAUACAAGAUAUAGAAGUAGAGAACUUAUUAUAAUAGAGUUUUAUAACACCCUACUUUAACACACUUUAAAAGCAUUUUUCUGACUACCAUCAAGACAGAGUUCUCCUGCACAUUGGACUGUUGGUUUACUGUUCUAUUGUCGAUGGAUAAAUGUUUGUCUGUUUUUCAAAGUGUUAUCUUACUGUUUUGUUUACAUCCUAGCCUAUCGAUUUGUUGGAGAAAAACAAUGACAUGUACAUUGUUAUCAAGUAUACUCAACACCAUUUUUUCAUUAUCACAAUGUCUUACAUUUUCAUAUACAGUGGUUGUUAUCAGUUUCUCUUCUCUUUUUCUUUUAAAAAAAUUACAAGCUAAGAAUGUUAUAGUGGGAAACAGGAAUUAUGUGCUUUUUUUUAAAAAAAAGAAAAAAGCAAGACACAAGAAUGUUCAGACAUUUGCUGCAUUUGUAGAAACCUCAAUUUGAAAACUAGACGCAAAACGGAGACUGUAAAUACUUGUUGCAAGCUAUAGAAAAAGAUACCUGCCAAUCCAGAAAAGAAUUGGAAAGUGUAGCCGUCAAAGAGGUGUAGCAAAUGUGGCUGCUUUCUCAAAACCCUCCAGGACAAGCAGAUUUUCAUUUGGAUGGCAGAAGGCGUCAGGAAAGAGAAAAUGUCUGCAUUCAAGUGCCAUUUUCGGCUGCAAAUGGCGCACAAUGUUUUUAAAUAUUUUAACAACCUUUUUUUAAAAAAGAAAAAAGAAAAACAUCACGGUAGAAAAGAUGCAGGUCCUGUUUCAUUGAAAAACUGGCUUUCUUGCCUUUGGAGAUGAAACCCCACCAAGCUAGCAGAUAGAGAGCCAGGGGGAAGAGAGCAUCAAUUUUCCAUUAAAAUGUCAAUAACUCAUCCCCACAUCCUCUGCUUAACCCAGGAAAGUAGCACUAAAUGAACAUUUCUCUUGUCUGUUGUCCUUGCAAAAUGCCUGUUUCAUUGUUGAAGAACAUUCGUUUCACUGCUUUCCCUAAGCUGCAUUUCAAAAAUAGGGAAGAGCGGAAUGGUUGAGUUUAGGCUGAUCCUGAUGUCUCUUCCAAAGAUUUGCUGUUUUGGGUGUACACUCAGCAUUUCUCGGCAUCCUUGUGAUGGGACUUUCUGGAGGAAAUUCAGAUUCUAAUCUACAUUAACAGCUCUUCAUGCAGAUGCAAAGGGUGGUGACAGUAGCAAAUGGCACAGAGCAAGUUGCAGUACUGUGUGUUUUUAAUUUGGCUGUGGUGCCUUUUGGUUAUUUUCUGACUGAUGAAGAGCAUCAGUAAGAAAAAAAAUUAGAAGGGUUAGGGGAGUUGGCCAAUUCAUUAACUCAGUUGUUUGUUAGAUCAUGGCAAAAACAACAGAGGAAUGUGCUAAAUGCCUUUUUUAAUUAAGCAGUAACAAAUGCACAAUUAAAACUCAGCUACUUUUAUAACUGUAAUGCAGCCACAAUGAAGCUGUGGGGUGAAGGAUGCAUUGCUCGGUAGCAGAGCAGGUGUUUCUAGAUCUGCACAUACCUUGACAGUAGAGAUAUUACUAUUCUGGGAUGGAAAUCAGUCCAUCAAAGGCCCUUCCGUGUGAUGAUCCCAGUAUAAAAGAACAGGGUGGUCCACAGGGAGCAAGUGAAUUGGCACUGUAGUCCAGAAUACAACAAAAUUUAGAGAAUGGCUGCCUUAAUUGCUGCUAUAUCCAUUAAUGCCACAAAGUACAGAGAUGAGUCAUAAUGCAGACAGAAUCUUUUGUAUAAAUAGUCUCUCCAAAGAAGCAGUUGGCAGUUAUGGUAAUGACCAGAAAUAUAUUAAGAUGGCAAUAAAUCUUCAUUGGCCAAGAGGUUGGCAACCUACAAGUCAGUCCUGAAAUACCUUCACUCUUUGUUCUCAAAAACAGCACCCCUAACUCUGUAGUGAGAAUGGUUUAUAUCAGGGCUCUUUUUCUGGGAAAAGAGGUGGUGGAACUCAAGACCGCACAAUGAUGUCACUUUGGGUCAGCUGGAACAAGGGGGGAGUUUUUUAAAGUUUGAAUUGCCCUCGGCGAAAAUGGUCACAUGGCGGCAUGGAGGACAAUCUAAACUCCCCUCUGUCUGGAGAUCGGGGUGGGGCCACCGGCCAUGUGACCAUUUUUAAGAGGUGCUGGAACUCUGUUCCACCGCGUUCCCGCUGAAAAAAAGCCCUGGUUUAUAUUAAUUUCAGUGGCUUUCCCCAAGAACACCAUCCCUGACCCAGCUAUGGCUGCAUGACGUAAGUGCAAACUCUUUGGAAGGGCAUUUGGACAUCAUUCUUUUUGCUGUUUUGCUGAUGAAUUGAUAAAACAAGAAAGGACACCGUGGCAUUGGCAGGCAGACAACUAGCCAGCCUAUCAGCAGUGGCAGGACCCAAGUCCAUGCUACAUAGAGAAGUAGAAGCAUCUAAGAAUUCCCAAGCACACAUCUCAUUGGUGUCAUGUUAAUUAAGGAAUUGAGAGGCUCCCAAUUAAGGCCAAAACCUCAUAGAGGCUUUCCACCAAAACAUAGUACUCUUUGCACUAUUUUAUGGUCUAGAAGAAGAAAGCAAUUGGACAGCGUCCCCAGAUGAGUUUAAUGUGAACUAGAAAGCUUAGUCUUCAAGUCUUUCUCCACUAGUUUAGAUAUCUUAUAACCUAAAUUGCAGGUGGCUGUUUGGAGUCCCACCUUGAACUUGCAUUCAUUUCAAAACUGCUUCUUCCUUUUGGAUUGGCGAUACUGUCCUCACCUUGCCUUAUGGAUUUGGACUCCCCUUAACAGUAGGCAUGUGGCUAGGUUCAUUGAAGAAGCUGUUUCAGAACAGCACAGUUCCAUAGCUAUUUCAGAUUCUGUUGCUGGAGUAAUUUCCACUAGAGAAAUAGAUUUGCCAAACAAAAUUAAAAUUCAAAAGACACGAGCGCUAGAGUUGUCUAUAUGCAAAAUGGAGAAUUUUGUGCGUUUUUUGCUGUGAAAGUCUAUUUUAGCCCCAGUGGGGAAUAUCAAAGAAUGAAAUCCCUAUGUUUCUUCAUCCAAAUACUGACUUUCAUUAUCAAUUUGAACCCAGUGAAAUCUGGACAAGCUGUGUCUCUCUUUUGAUGGGAAUUGUAACACAUUUUGUGGAAGAACAAAUGUUCAUUUUAGUGCUAUUUUCCAGAAUCCUGAUGGGUCUAGCUUAAAGCAGGGGAGAUUAUUUACUUAAUCUCAGAGAAAUGCAAUUUUAUUUAAUAUUCCCAGCCAUUUUAAUUCAGAUUUAUGCCUGCCGAGAAAGGAACAAGCCUCCAUCAACAGUCAAACUGGUUCGCCUGUGGCUUUUUGCUGACUUUCUGUUUCCCAGUCUUGUAACAUUGUUAGUAGAAAAAAGUGGAUUUGAGUACUUUCUGGGUGAAAACAUUUGUAUAUUUAAAAAAAAAAGGUUUUGCACAACCUGUGGCAGUGCCUGAACAGAGAACAUACCUGAUCUCCUCUAGUCAGAAAGGACACACAUAUAUAUAUACUUGUGUUACCUUUAUGCUUUUGAAAAGAAGUUGACCUUAGCUUUCAGUGCUAGAAAUGGAUUUUUGUAUAUCUUGCCACUUUGACACAGCUCUCUCCCAUUUUCAUUGAAUGAUACUUUGGGGGAAAGGGGUGGGAGGGGGAAGACAUCUUGCAUAGAAUGUAAGCCUAAAUUUUUUUUCACAAUGUUUUUAUGUCAUGUUUUAAAGGACUGAAAAAAGAACAUACCAGGGGUCAUUUGGGGAGGGGGAGGGACUUGAGAUCCAACAAGAUUUUCUAGGGCCCUGAUAGGAGGAGAAGCCAACCUUAUGACUUCUACAGCAAAUCUAGAUAUCAUUAGCCUGCCUAGUUUACAAGGCAUCAGUAGCUGCUUGGCACCUGGACCCAGCACCCCUGGGACUCAUCACACAUCACAACCAAACCUACGCAGACAAAGGUUCUUUUGAGGAUGGAGUUUUGGUGAUGGGUGUUCAGGGCAGACUUCUUUUAGUGCCACAAGAAGUUUUGUUUUGUUUUUUAAUAUUAACAAAUUUAGCAUUUGUAAGAGAGUUUGAGGAAGAGAAAAGCUUGAAGCACUGGGGACUUCACCAAAUUCAAUACAAUCGGGACAGGUGGAAAAAAAAGUCUGCCAUUUGAAGGUAGCACUAUUUUAAGCUUGUUGUGCAAUGACUUCUUUAUUCAAGAAAGAAAGAAAGAAAAAGUCGUCAGACUAUAAAAUCCUGAAUAGACAUUGUUCUAUUUACAAAGUCACUGAAUUACUCAGUGACUCUAAAUGAAAUGUCGCAAACACAGAGAUUUCAUCUUUUAUUUGACUACAGAGAUGUAUGUAAAGUUUGUUCAAAUCAGUAUAAUUUUAGCAACUUUUUAAUAAGCUUCCCACAUUUGAGAAAACUUAUUUUUUUAAUUUAUCCAAAGUUCUCGUUCUCUCUCUCUCUCUUUCCUUUUUUUGGUGUAUGUGUGUCCAUUUCCUCUCAGCCUUAUGCAAACAAUAUGCAAGAAAUGCUGAAAUUUGAGUAAAACGGGUCAUUGCAGAGAGAAAACAAAAAAGCUGAGACAGGGGAAAAAAAGAUUGUUAGUCAUUUCAUUAAAAGAAAUAGAUUUUAAAAAUACUGUUACUAAACUGCUAACAUAUGUACACAUAAAAUGAAUGAGGGAUUUAAAACAAAAUGUAUUCUUAAAAUUAUUGCAUUUUUAUUAAGCAAAGUGUUCUUGUACGGAACAUGAUUUUUCAUAAUCAGCCACAUAACUUGUCUUUUUAUUUGUUUAGUAUGAAAUUUUUAGGUUCCAGUUUUUUCACAGCAUCGUUUUUUUGCAAUAUUAUACAAAACUGUUUCCUCCCCCAUCCCAGCCAGUCUACCCCAUUCCAUUUCUGAACACUCCCAAACACUCUCUAAUCUGCCAUGUACUGCAUGCUGCACUUUUGAGUGUUCACCAGUGGACAGCUGGCUAGCUGGUUCUGCCCUUCACAAUCAAGUACAUCACACACUUAACCACUGUGGCUUAAGGAUGCUCUGGUGUGUUGUUUCAGAUCUGGAAUGUCUCUCACCAAUCAUAUUUGUGCCUGUGUACUUGCAUCAUGCCUGAGGAAAAAAAAUACUCCAAGGCCAGGUUCCAAAGAGCUGUUUUCAGUUUGGCUGAGGCCAUGAGCAUUCCUCUUGGCGUUUUGUUUUUUUUAAAAUUUUCUGUUUAAAUGCCAGACUGCCGUGCCAUGUGACCAGUUCCUAAGAAACUAAAUUGGAUUAUUAGGUGGCAUGUGCAUGAGUAUAGUAAGUCCAAAGCCCCUUUGGGCAUGUUGACUUAGCGCUCAGUUCUUUUGGAUUCCAACACCAUAAAUGAUCCUUGAACUGCAGAACUUCAGCCAAAAUUGUUCAUCUCAUGGGUACAUCAGGAAGUUGGUUGUUGGUAUCAUUCAUUUUGGCAGUGAAACGUGUGCAUGUAUACAAGCACAAAGGAUGUGGGAGUUAAUACUUGUCUGGGGGGAUUUAAUGUACACAACGCAUGAGAUGAGGUGAGGCCAGCUUAACCUCAGUCAGUAGCUAUCCUUUGCGGUUCCUAUUCGUUUGUAAUAGGUCAUUGUAAUGGAUGCAGCUAUCAGGAAUAGUGCCCUCAGUUCCUUUGUCCGGGCCGGGGAAAAAAGCAGACCCUUUUGUACACUAGCUAGCACCAUAAACAGAAUAACACACACUGAAUGUUGUAGGUACAUCAGAUCUGGUGAAAGAGAUGUGCUCACCACCUCCAGUGUAUUCUCCACAUGGCCUGUUGCUUAACAUAAUAGUUGUUGCUAGGACACAGUUGUACACAGAAUGGGUUAGGAAACCAAGGUCUUUUUUUUUUAAUCCCUAAUAUAUUUCUCACACAUACAUGCAUUUUUAAAAAGUGAAAGUUAUGAGGAAAAUCUAAUUUUCCCCCUUCCUCCUGGAUGGAUGAGUGAUGCUAAUGAUCUGAUUUUUACCAUGUGCCUGAGGAAGGCCUUAGAAUAUAUUGUAUGUUAAAGACUGUAAUAACUUUUUUAAAGAAAACUUAUUAGUUGAUAGCCUAAAAUAAUUGUAAAUAGUGUUUAAAAAAAUUGCUACUUGGCUACAACAAGUUAAUUCAUGUUGCUUUAUUUUCCAUUUCUUUUAUUGUUAGUUUUAAAGGAUUUUUUUUCAUUACUGCUUUUUUUAUAUAUAUAUUAUAUAUAAAUAUAUAUAUAUAUAUCUUUAGUAACUAAUGAAUUUAAUUUUUGAAGGAGAGUUAGAGAAUGUUUAAGAUUUUUAAAUACAUGUAUUCAGCUCAUUUAGUUAUCUUCUUAAACAACAACAGCAACACUGAAGUGCAUGUUAAGGUAUAGAAAACUACGGUCCAUCAUUAGUUUGUAUAGUUCACAGAUUAAGAACAAACAAACAAAACAAAAAUUAACUUUGUAUGUAACUCCUACAAUGAUAGAUUCAUUGUUAACUAAUUAUAUUAAGUUGUUGUUGCUGUGGCGACAAAACUACAACAUGGCUACCUUUGUAUACAUUAUUUGUGAAAUUUUCACAUGUAAAUUAAAAAAAGGUGAUGUGUAACAGUAUGGGCUUGUUAAAGGUACAGUUCGAUACUGUCAGAGAAAGAUAUGACUGAAUAUUUUUAAAAUCCCAAAGUCCCAUGUGAAAGCUGGAUUUGUGUCUUUUCUGUCACUUUUUCAGUCAAAAAGUUUACAACACAUGGAUUUAGAGUCAGGUUUUAUAGCUUGUAGAAAAUGUUGUGUGGGUCGGGUUUUUCCACAGUAUUUUUCUCCUGGACAUUAUAAAUUCUGGCUUUUGCCUGGGAAGGGUGGGUUGGAAAGGCGCCUGAGAACUGAGGGUUUUGUCUCAUUUUCACUUUCACCUAUGGCUGCAACAAAUGCAGGAAAACCAAUGCAGAAUUUCAAAAGCAAUUGGUCCAGUGAGCUGUUUCACAAAGGUCAGAGAGAAAAUAGACAUUAAGGGCACCAGUCCAGUGAACGUCAAUCACAACGAAGUCCCAGGCUGGUGCUUUCAGUGGGACUCAAUUGUGGCUAACUUUGGCUGGUUUGCACCCUUAGAAUUUUGCACCUGAAGUUUUGAAAUUGACGGGGGCGGGGGCUUCAGGUUUGUCUUCAAGUUUUUACUCACCCUUUGAAUUGAGCAAGGAGUCAAACCCAUUGUGUUGGACUCCCAGAAUCAAAGGUUGUAGGCAUCACGAUAAACCCAGGUUUGUUUAAACUACAGUUUGUGCAACAAAUUCUAUUUCACCUGCAAGACUUAAGUAACAAAUCCCAGUUUGUUCAUUAAUGCCUAUGUGUCUGCUUCAGCAGAGAGGCAUUUUGUCCAUAUUGCCGUCUCUGUGGCCAGCCAACCACAAGAGGCAGUGCUACUCAGCAAACUGCGACAUUCACAGGUCACAAUAAACAACAGUUAGUAUAAAUUGUGCCUAGCUACAGCCCCUAGUUUGAAAUCCCAGUUUGGUGCCAACCAGCAGACCACCUGCUUUCAGUUGCUAUAGCUAAACAGGGUUUAUAAACCAUGGUUUAUCAGGAUGUCUUAAUGCAGCCAGAGUUUUGCAAACAGUGGACCUUAAUGGUCAUUCAUUAGUGUUUGCAUUUAGGAAAAUGAUCAGAUUCUACACAGGUGCAAAAGCUUUUUUGUUUCAUUCAAGAUGGUAGAUUUCAUAACAAAACAGGUUUUUUUAACUGUGAAAACAAAAUGUUACAACUCUGUAACUUGCAAGCCUUUAUGUGAUUAUGUGAAAAUCAGGACUGGAAAAUGAUUUUUUAAAAACAUUUUUAUAAGCAAAACAAUAGGAAAAAUAUGUACAUAAGAAAAAAUAUUGUGGAAUGACCCUAUAACAGUGUUGAAGAUACCAUUAUGCUGCAGUUAAACUGAUUCAGAUAGUGUACGAAUGUGUGAGACACAUCUUUUUGCACUUAUGUACAUAGUUCACGAAAGAAAUCCUUGGAACUUAUUUUGAAUAUAUAAAAAAGUCUGUAAUAAUACAAGGAAAAGUUUGUAAAAGAGAUAGGUAUUACUAAGGCUUUGAAAAAGGAAGAGAUUUUUGCUAUAAAACUUAUCUGAACGCAUGAUGUUGCUUUGCUAUUGUACAAGCUUUGUAGUUUGCCGUAUAGCUUACAAUACAGCGGACUGAUACCGGGUCACCUUCAACCUGCAGCUCAGAAAAAAAAUGGGGAAAUAUUGCUUAAUUAAGAAACUGAGAUCACCAGCAAAGGUUUCCAAAGCUUUGUCAGCAGUCUGUGUUGAACAGUACUUCCUCAUCCACCCAUUUCUGUAUUAGAAAAAAAUUCCACCUCCCUACCUGUUGGCCAUUUAGGGCCUUCUCCAUAUCUUAAACAUUCAUGGUUAUCUGCAGGGAAUCCAUUUGGACUAAGUAAACACAUCUUUGCCAGUAACUUAAUUCCUUUUAUGGAUCCCAGAUAGGUUCACUUGCACUACUGUAGGAAUUCCACAUUCUGGAUGGGAAGAGCAGAGCUGAGAAAGAUGAAGGACCUGAAUUUUGAAGUCCUGAUGCUAGUUGUUACAUUAUAAGGAAAGUUUCAGUAGGUGACCGGGAUGAAGAACCCUGAAGGGUAAAUACAGACAAUCAGUUUCAAAUUGGUAACUUAGCUGGGCAUACACACCACCAGAUAUAGAGACUGCCACCCAUAUUGGGGCUGCUUCCCAUGUGGACUUCCCUCUGUUCUCUAGAACAGGUGUGGCUUUGUGGAACUUUCCUCUCUAGGUGGGCAGGUGCUCAAAAGGACCAGCACUCAGUUGUAUCAUCAAAUGAUUGCUUGUAUUCACACUUCAGGUGAAGUGAGUCUGCCUGCUGGGGAGGCAGGAUGUUAGGGCCAGAUCCUCCCCCACAAUUGUGGCACUGGUAGUAAACUAAAUGUGUAGCAGUGCUGUUCGCAAAGCUUUGUCAUGGGAGGGCUACAUGACAGUGAGGCCUUCCUUUCCUCCAUGCCAAAUGUCAGUCUGACUUCCCUCAGAAGAAACUCAAAUUCCUUACUUGCCUCACAUUGUGUAUCUUCAUUUUAAGUGGCAGAGUACUGCUCUCCCUGUCAGUGCAGUGGAGAGACACCCUUGUGUGGAUAAUAGAGGUAGGAAGGUAGCCUUUCCUUGGCUACUUCUCCAAGGCCUGAUUCGACUCCUUCCUACUUUUCUUCUGCCAGCUGCAAACCACCAUCUUGGAAGAUGAUCCUGACCAAUUUCAACACAAGCACCAAAUUGGAACCUAUUUAGGGCUCUCUGUUCACUUAAAUGCCAUAGGCAGCUUUACACAUAAUUGUCUCCAAAGCUACAGCAACAGGGUAGUUCCCAUUCAUUGGGUGCUCCAUGAGAACUUGAGAUUCAGACUGGUACAUCAGGGCUGCUGGGCUGGAAUUGAAACUUUGAUUAGGUGGAAGUAGAGUUUAUGCCAGAUUCACUCUGCAGAUGCUUCCAGGUGGUCAUCAACCAUGUGUGUAUCUCUGGAGUGGAAAAUUAUGAGCAUUUCCCUCAGCUAACCAUCCUAAAGUAAGAUGGGCACCUCAGUGGUGCUUUCUAUGCAGCAUGGGAGUGUGCACAAAAUGUAUGAGUGGCCGAUAUGCUCCUAGAGUCUCUGGAGAAAGGGGGGAUUUGUGCAUCUCUCUCUGUAUGGGAGGUCUGCAAGGGAGAGACAUGACAGUAGCAGCCCAGGGAAAACAUGCACAAAUUCCCAUUUUGCAUGAGACCCUGAAAAGCAGAAGCAUGGGUUUUCAUGGGACAUUUCACACGCAAAGCAGUUUGAAAGCCAAAGCCUGAUCAGUGCGACACCUUAAAGAAGGCAACCUCUGAAAACCCCUCCACUGAAAAUAACGUCACUCCCAUUCAGAAAGGGUUAGUGGAAGACUGUUACACUGGGCUGUUCUGACAAGCUGUCCAAAAGCCUUUGCUGAUGACCUUCACAGCCAUAUAUCUUACAAUCAGAAUGGCACAUGCCUCUAAGACAAGGCAGCCAAACAUGUGGGUAAAAACACACACACACACACACACACACAACACAACAAUUGAAGUGAUGAAAACUUGUGGUCUUUUCCAAACACACAACAGAGGGAAAUUACCUGACGCAGAAUUACAUGGUUCAGAUCUAUAUUACUGUACACAGAUGCUAUUUGAUAGUGGUGGAAGCCAAAUGAUUUUGUUGCCAUGGCGCUUGUAUCCUAGCAGCUGAGGGAAUGACAUGACUGAAAAGCCUCUGUCCAAAUACACCUUCGUCUUGCAAACCCGAGCAGAUGCUUAGUAGGUAUCCUGAGAAUCAGGUGCUUAGGCAAAAUUCCGAAGCCAAUUUAAAAAUGCCAAAUUCAGAGGAAUGGGAAUGAAAAUGAGGCAAUUUUUAGAAACUGGAGAUGUUGGCAUUUAUGGGGAGUCGCUUUUUUGUGUUUGAAAUUGGAUUUGGGGACACAACUCCCCCAAGUUUUCCCACUGAAACUUGAGUCCUGCCCCACAUGGUCCUCCAUCAACAGCAGAAAUCCAAGCAAAAAGAAAACACAAAUUCAGACCGGAUUUCAAAUGCUUCCUAUAAACAUUUAAUGUAAGAGAAAUAAGAGAUUUGGAUCCCAAAUUGAAAUUUACUCAGUGUGUAUUCAGCUGAUCUUCCUUGGAAUCUAUUUUAAGGACAUUUUGAAUUCCAGAACAGCAUGCUCUUAAAUUUUCAAAGAAGAGAAUUCAAAUUUAGAGUUUUAAAUAUUCCUACUUGCUAUUACUAGAGACUCUAUCAAGUGGGCAGAUAGUUGCAAAGAAAACAAAUCAGUUAUAAACAAACUGGCACAUGCACAGAUUUCCUUCCCUAAUGGUUUCUAGAAGAAACAUGUAUAUAUGCAGUGUUCAAAGCAGUAAGUGCUGGCAUGAAAUGCAGGCCACAAUACUAUGCACACUUGCAUAGAAGCAAGUUCCAUUGAAGUCAAUGCAACUUUCUUCCAGUUGACAUGUUUAGGGUCAUAGGUCCACUGUGACAACAGAUACUCCCCAUACUUGUCAUCUCUAACUGGUCAUUCCUUCAGCUGCUAUCUGCAGGGUGUAUGCUUUGAUUUUUUUUCUUUUAUGCCACGUUUAUAUUGCCGUAGUGCUUGUUUGUGCUUUAUAGAAACUGUGCAUAAUGCAACUCAUUUGACUAUGUUACUUCUAUAUUGUUAUUGUUUAUUUUUUUGGAUCUUUUAAUAAAGUGUAUAAAAUUCUCUCUUUAUGUUUUUUAUGGACCCAUAUCGACACAUUUAAUAAAUAGGAGUUUUACUUUUUUAAAGUCUCUGGUUGAUUAGUAGCAGCCUUGAAAAGGUUCUCAUGUAAAAAAAAUCUCCAUUUAAAUUACAAAUCAAGUCAAUGUUAUAAAUCCAUGAUGCAUACGUAGGACAGAGUAAAUUUAUUUCCAGGAAAAAAUACCUUCAGUAUUUUGGAAUCUGUAGAGGGUGCAUUCUUUUUACUGGAUGCCUUUUAGGCCUGUCAUAUGGAAGUUACUAACACAGAGAAGAAAUUUGUAUUUUAGAAAAUAAAAUAAAAAAAACUUUCCAGAUA